CGCACUCUGACUGACUGCAGAAACCUUUCGUCUCCCCUUCCCCCCUUCGACUCCUCCACCUCAAGGCUCUCCCACUCCUCGCUGUCUCUCUGCCAGCUACAGUUGGAGCCUCUGCCGUGGAGUAGUAGGCCCCCUGAGCGGCUACGCCUCGUCGCGCGCAUGUCCGCGCGGGCGCAGGCAUAGGCAUGGAACCACCCGCCCCCGCAACGGCAGCAGGAGGGGCCGAGCGCGCGGGGGCUGUCGCGGACCCGGUUCUUGGGGCCAGAGGCGAGGCGCCCGAAGGCUCCGGGAGCGCGAGUAGAGGCGGCCGCGGGGGGCGGGAGCCGCUGCCACUGCGGCUGCGGCUAGGGAGGGCGAGGCGGCGGGCAGGGCCCGGCACGCCGGCGCCGUCGUGGAAGAUGGAGGACGAGGUGGGGGAGGGGGAGGACGCGGCGGCCGCGAGGAGGAGCUCGGCGUCGGCGUCCGCGUCGGCGCGGCAGCUGGGCGCCAGCCUUUGGGAGAUCCACGACGUGGCGCGGGAGGGGCGCCGGAGGCGACGGGGCGGGAGGGGCAUCGCCGCCGGUCGGGAGGAUUGCGGCCGCGUCGAAGACGUGGAUCAGCCACAGAGUUCAGGUGGCUUUGCUAGGCAUCUCGCGGAUUCAUCAAUGAAUUAUCAUACGUUGCAUCAAGAAAGGAGUCACAGAAUACAACCUUUUUCUCCUGCAAGUUAUACUAGCUCAGUUGGGGACUCCAUUGUAAAUCGGACUAUUACUCCAACUCGUUCCUUGGAUAUCAAGGUAAGAUCUAGGGGGACAGGUUGUAGCCUCAAAACAUCAACAGAACUAUUGAAGGUUUUAAAUCGAAUUUGGAGCCUGGAAGAACAGCACACUGCUAAUUUGUCGGUGGUUAAUAGAUUGAAAUUGGAGUUACAGCAGGCACAGGCACAUAUUCAAGAACUUAUGCAAGAGAGACGGCGGUACCAUCACGAAGUUUCAUCAUUAUUGAGGCAACUCUCUGAGAACAAACUUGUUAGGAAAAACAAGGAGCAUGGGAAGAUUGAAGCAGCUGUCCAUUCCAUGCAAGGUGAACUAGAGGAUGAGAGACGUCUCAGGAGACAUUCUGAGGAUCUCCAGAGGAAGUUAGGCAAAGAGUUAUCUGAGAUAAAAUCAGCAUUUCUAAAGGCAGUCAAGGAUCUUGAGGAGAAGAAGAAAGCAAACGGCCUCUUAGAAGACCUUUGUGAUCAGUUUGCAAUGGGCAUUAGGAACUACGAAGAGGAAGUCAGGGUGCUAAAGCAAAGAAAUGUAAAGAAUUAUGAACUCAACUUUGAUAAAUCAGUGCUCCAUAUUUCAGAAGCAUGGCUCGAUGAGCGAAUGCAAAUGCAAAAUAUUGAUGUCAAGGAAGACUUGGCUCAUAAAACCACAAUAAUGGAGAGGCUCAGCAGCGAAAUACAUGCUUUUCUUCUUUCUAAAAGAUCAGGUAGCUCUAAGAAUAAUGAAAAAUACAUGAAUGCUAGCACUAGCUUGCGUCGGCAAUCCCUUGAGUCUGUCCAUUUGAAUGGAGCGACCAGUGCCCCUCAGCUUGCUGAAGAUGACGACAAUGAUUCUAUUGCUAGUGAUGUGCAUUUCUUUGAACUGAACAUGCAUGGAAAUGGCAUUCAGAACUAUGACCACACGGGACCUCGCAGAAGUGGCACAGCUGGCAUGGAUGUACCAAAGAGAAGAUCAGAGCAUCCUCAUGGUAUAGCUGCUGAAGGUUCACACAUGUCUCAUGUGCCAGUUUAUUCACAGAAAGACAUCGCAAGGUCCAGUAGCAGCAAACUGCAGCAUGCCACGAAAAUACCAGAAAUCAGCUCGCAUGUCAGUGCUGGAGUUACUCCAGCAGAAGAGCAGAAUGGAAUCACAAGCACCCAUAUUUCUCGAGGAUCUCACAAUGACUCAUCGAAGAACAACCUGGAGGCUCCUCAUGUUGAUUGUCUGGGGCAGGAAUCCCUUGAUCAUUGCUCCCGAAAAAGUCUAUUUUGUGAAGGCACUACUUCAGAGGAUUUAGGUAUUCUCGGCAGUCCAACGCGGCAGCUGAAAUACCAAUCCACACCAUUGGACCCUGAGAUAUCGGAAUGCUCACCGGAACAGCCAGUAGGUGUGAUGGGGAACACACUGAAGGCAAAAUUACUUCAAGCAAGGCUAGAGGGGCGACAUGCCCGAUUGAAGGCAUCAGGAGGUUCCUUACCCGGCAGAAGGAAAUGAGAGUGCUGCCAACCGUUGCAGAUUCUGGGAUUUAUGCCCACGCGAGAAAUCAAGGAUCUAAUAUGGUGAACUUAAAUCUAUGUUAUUUCCAAUUUCCUCCCGUCCUGUCAAUUGAUUCAGUGUCCCUGUACAUUGCAAGCUGCCCGAUUAUGUGAAUCCUAGCUGCAUAUGUAAAUCAUCUCCCUUGUAAAUUAGGCUGUUAGUUAGAUGCCCAACACGCUAUAGGCUGAUAACUCAACACUUUGAUAAGGAUUUUGGCUAGGGCACUUCUGUCUUGUUACCUUCCUGA